GAAAAGAAACAUAUGAGAUUCUAAACAGAUCUCAAGCCCAAUCCAGUUCCUUCUGAAAAGGCCCAUCAUUUUCAUCAUCGCUGCCACUUUGCCUUUUGUGUAAUAUCAGAAACAACUUGGAUUUCACCGGCAGCCAAAUCUCGCCGGAAAACUCAGCCGGUGUUGCCAGAAACAGCGAGAAACUCGUCCAGGAAGUUCAACAAAGGGUCAUGACUUUUAUCUACACAGCCUUAUCAGAUAGAAAACUAAGUUAAUUAUUUGUUAAUCAUAUGAUUGCGGGCUCGUAAUAGUUUUGUUCUUGGUCUGUAAUUACAAAUUUCCGGCCAGUAUGGGAAAAGAGAAACUAAGCUUCAAACAAGUCCACGAUUCCAGUAGUGCGAAAACUACUCUCUGCUGGUUUUUUCUUGUAGUUACUUGUAUAAAAGUUCUCCUUUUCCCGUCUUACCGCAGUACAGACUUUGAAGUGCACCGCAACUGGCUUGCAUUGACUCAUUCGCUUCCUCUUUCUCAGUGGUACUUUGACGAAACUAGUCCAUGGACUUUAGAUUACCCACCGUUCUUUGCAUAUUUUGAACGCUUUUUAUCCUUUUUUGCUCACAUUGUUGAUCCCCAAAUUGUGCACCUUAAGGAGGGUUUGAAUUAUAGCUCGGAUAAGGUGGUUUAUUUCCAAAGAGUUACUGUAAUACUUUCUGAUUUAUCUCUUCUUUAUGGGGUUUAUAGACUUACUAGGAAACUGGAUUCGAGAAAGCAAAAGUUGGUAUGGACAUUGGUUAUUUGGUCACCGAUGCUUUUAAUAGUGGACCAUGUGCAUUUCCAAUACAAUGGAUUUCUCAUUGGGAUUUUGUUGAUUUCACUUUCGUUUUUGGAGGAAGGAAUGGAUUUGUUAGGUGGCUUUGUUUUUGCUGUUCUUCUGUGCUUUAAACAUUUAUUUGCAGUGGCAGCACCUGUUUAUUUUGUUUACUUGUUGCGGCACUAUUGUUGGGGUGGAAUCGUAAGAGGCUUUAGUCGACUCUUGAUUAUGGGAAGUUUGGUUGUAGCAGUGUUUGCAUCUGCAUUUGGGCCAUUUUUCCACCUUGGACAGAUACAACAAGUCAUCCAACGAUUGUUUCCAUUUGGCAGGGGGCUUUGCCAUGCAUACUGGGCCCCAAAUUUUUGGGUAUUCUAUAUCAUGUUAGACAAAGGACUUGCUUUCAUACUCAGAAAAAUUGGGUUUAAUAUCCAGGCACCAGCAGCUUCCUUCACUGCAGGGCUGGUAGGGGAUUCCUCACCUUUUUCUGUUCUACCUCGGAUCACUCCAUCCGUGACCUUUAUAAUGGUUCUGCUUGCCUUAUCUCCUUGUCUUUUCAAGGCUUGGAAGAAUCCGCGGCCACAGAUGAUUACUAGAUGGAUAUCAUAUGCUUAUACCUGUGGUUUUCUUUUUGGGUGGCAUGUUCACGAGAAGGCAUCACUCCAUUUUGUAAUUCCACUUGCCUUUGUUGCAGCACAGACCCCAGAGGAUGCAAAACAUUACUUUUUGUUGUCAAUAGUAUCCUGCUAUUCACUUUUUCCGCUACUAUUUGAAGCCCAAGAGUAUCCUAUCAAAGUUCUGUUGCUGCUUCUUCACUUCAUUUUGAUGUGGUCAGGCUUUUCAGCACAAUUUUCCGACAAGGCUGAAACGAGAGCGACGACUGCUCACACAAAGAAAAAAGGUGAUCAAUUUGGAUCUAAAGGUAGUUUAAGUGCGGAUGUGAAGAAUAAUGGUUUUGCUAUUGGCUUGAUUGAGAGUGUUUAUCUGGCUGGUCUCGUAGUUGUAGAGAUAUGGGGCCAAUUUUUACACCCUUUGCUUUUUGGUGAUAAGCUUGCAUUUUUGCCCCUUAUGUUGAUCUCUGUAUACUGUGCUCUGGGGAUCAUGUACUCUUGGAUUUGGCAGUUAAGAUCCAUAGUUAAAUCUCAUUAACUUUUGGACUGUUUGUAGUCAUAUUAAUGGGUUUUUUUUUUUGGACUUUUUAUAAGUGGAACUUAAAAGUAAUUUUAUUUUUCCAAACAAGUCA